UUAAGAAAUAUUUUCAUGUAUAUUGACCGAUAAUUUCAUUUUCUCGUUGUGUGUGCAUCAUUGCAUUGCAUUGCUCUUGCGUGUGUGUGUUUGUGUGUACACGCAGAGACCCUCCUCCCAAUCAGAAUGGCCCUACGCUCCCCCUCCCCUCUCCCACUCUCUUCUCCCUCCAUAUGUGCGAGGAAGAUGGUUGCAGCCAGUGUGGGCCUGUUUUUAAUGUCGCAUGUACUGCCGUAAUCCCACCGGGAGCAAGAGGAGGAGAACAAUCCCUCCAUUCAGCCAGUUCCUGUUUUUGGAGGAAGAGACCUGGAAUCAGCCAGAGCAGAGAGAUAAAACUACAGAAGCGAGUUUCCUCUUGCCAUGCAGUACCACUCACCUGAGGUGUCCCGUCUGUAUCAGACCGAGUUCAUCCGGAGCGCGCGGGCGGUGGGCGUGCUGUGGGCCAUCUGUACGCUCUGCUUCGCCAUCAUCGAGGUGGUCAUCCUCAUCCAGCCGUCCUGGGUGGGCACUCGAGAGCUGCACUACCGCGGAGGAGGACCGGCCCCUCCGAGCGGGACGCUGGGCCUCUUUGAGGUCUGCGUGGAGACCGAUUGGCCCGUCCCAGAAUGCCGUGGGUCUCUUCACACCCUGACCCCACUCCCUGCCUUCCAGUCUCCCGCUGUGCUGGUGUGCAUGUCUCUCACCAUGGUGUGGGCCAGCGUGGGCUGCCUGUGUCUGUUCCGCUUCUGCAACACAGCAACCGUCUAUAAGAUCUGUGCUUGGCUGCAGCUCACAGCAGGCUUCUGUUUGGCCCUGGCGUGUGUGUUGUUCCCAGACUCCUGGGCGUGUGCGGAGAUGCGGGCGCUGUGCGGGGAGCGUGUGAGUAGUUUCUCCCCAGGGAACUGCUCCGUUCACUGGGCGUACAUACUGGCCAUGCUGGGGGUCCUGGAUGCCGGCAUACUUUCCACGCUGGCUUUUGUAUUGGGGAACCGCCAAGAUGCCCUUCUGCCAGAAAAUGCCAAGGAUGGUGAUGUGACGGGCUUGUUACUGGCAGCAUGAAAGAGGCCUGAGCUGUUCUCAACAGCCAGAAACUGCUGGUAAAACUGGAAUCAAGUCAGGUGGCGUCUGUGAACUUCACUCUCGACGAUUAACGAUGACAUGAAACGUGUGAAGAAAUGCUCGGCAUGAUGUCAUCAUCCUGUGAAGUCAGCUUACAUAACCUGUCUGCGUAGAAACAGUCACCUGGCAACUGUAUCCGAGUCCUUUCUCCCCUGAGGGAGGAACAUUAGUCUGAUCUAAUAAUGGUGGCUUUAAAUAGAGAAGAGGAAAGGUCAUUUUCUUUAGUGCAUUUCUAUUUGAGUUAUCGUCCAAGUCUAACAGAUAAAAUGAAUGUUGUUUCCAAUUAAAUGAUCUUUGGUUCAGUGUUCUGGACAUUUCUUGUGCAUGAAUUUAAGACGAGAUCUGAAGAUGUAGUCACAGUUUCAGUGUUGUAAUUCAGUCACACUUAAGAUUAGGGUCCAAUUCUCACUAUUAACUAGGACUUUUCCCCAAUUAACACCUAAUUACUUCUUAUAAAUCGUUAGUACGGUUGUUAAGUUAAGGUAUUGAGAAGGAUUAAGGGAUAAUAGUCAUGUGGAAUAAGGCUUUAUUACAAUAAACAGUUAAUAUCCUAGUAAUAUGCAUGCUAGUUAAUAGUGAGAAUUGAACAUUAAAUUAAAGUGUUACCUGUUAUUCUAUAUAUCUGUUUAAUUAGUUUAAUUGUUGACCUAUUUAUAUUUUUAAUGCAUGCACACACACACACACACACACACAUAUACACUGCCCGGCCCUGAAAAAAAGUCGCUGUUUGGAUUAAAAUAGGCAAAUACUCUAUAAUUGGAUCAUUAUUGUUGUGAUUAUUAUGUUUCUAAUAUGGUAAAGUCAACUUCAACAUGCCGUCUGAAUCGUCGUCACCCACCGUUUAUACACAAGUCCUUUUGUGUUUGUGUGAUUUUUUUUAAAGCCAAUGCAUUACAUGCUAAAUGUGAAGUCAUUUUUAAUUCACUUUCAGUUUAUAAGCAAUGCAAAUUUCUCAACAAACUGUCGGUGUUCACAUACACUUUAUUAGCACGUACAGUGAUUUUUGUUGUUUGACAAAACUUGCAGUGCAGAUAUGAAUUUUUGUACAAGAUCUUAUGGCUGCACGAAUAUCGAAAAGCGUUUAUACUGUAUACUCAGAGAGCCACGAUUUCCUUCACAAAUUCAUAUAGUCAGAUUAUAAACCCAGAGGGCAUGAAAGUUGGGACAGUGAUUAGUUAUUGUCAGACAGAGUGCUUCAAAGCCAAGUCAAGGAGGACAAAAAACAUUUCAUCAAGCUCGGAUAGGAUGCAAAUGACAUUAAUGACACACGCCACUAUAACAGCCAAUCAGAGAAAGAGAGGACGACAUUUAGAUGAGCAUAAACUCGCAUAGUGCUGCUUAUCGCUGUAUAAAGCAGCUGAUCUGAUGUGUUGUGCUGUUUAAACCUGUACCAGAUAUCUUCUGCAAUAAAUAUAAUAUUUCAGAGAGUUUUGUUUCUCAGUCAUUUG